AUGAUCGAAACUGGAUUAUUCUGUCAGUUUUUGCAACAUGUCGGAUUUCCACAUAACUUACUCUGCGACCAUUUUUUGCUAGACAACAAUAACGUGACAUUCACUGAUACAAAGAACGUGGCUACGGUAGCUGUUCUGGAUAAUGUGGAGACAAAUUUGCCCACUGUUGUAGCAUUUGGCGCUAUGCAUAUAUGCGCCAGCAAUCAGGCUUAUCUCAUGUUCUGUAAAUGUGAUUUGAAAUAUGCAACGAAAUCAGUGACUAUUGAAGGAUGCGAACAAGAUGAAUGUUGUGUUAAGAUCGAUAAAUGUCGUCAGCGUUACAUGAAAAUCAGCGGUGUAUGGAAUAAAGAGAUUGACUAUUCGAGAUUGCCGAUAUAUUCUAGUGCAUUUGAAGAACGCCGACAACAACAUUUACUUGUUCAUGUUUAUGAACAGCUGGUCAAUGUCACAUUGAAAACACGCAAAAUGGACGUAUACAAAAAUAUCACUGUCGAUUUGUACGACACUGACUUGUUCGUUUGUACUGAGAAAACUCGUCAGCUUUUUAGAGAUUUGAUGGGAUUUAUAGUUGCUGACAAAACACGUUAUUUCCAAAUUACCAUUGAAAAAUCCAACUUGCAAACAGUUACCAAACGGACAAGAAAUGAAGAAAUGACGUAUAUGGAACUGAAUCCUAAAAAUGAACUCUAUUUUUUCGAGUACGAUUCCAUCGUUUCUUUCAUGAAUCGGCACGAUUACCUCGAAUUCUUGCAUCGUAUAAAUGGAGUGUUAGGUAUAUUAGCCAUUGAAAAACAACAACCGGUUGGUUAUGUUCUCGCUUUCAACAACCAUAUUCUUCAAUGUUAUGCGAAUACUCCCGAAAUAGCUUGUGGUCUGAUUUGGAAGCUGAGUGAUAAGAUGUCAGAUCAAAUCCCAAUAACAAUGUCCAUGCGUGAAUGCAAUUACUGGAUUUGCGAAGAACUUCUGAAUAAAGCACGACAAAUAAACCGUAUUCAUCGUUUCCAUAGUCGCAUACUUCCCACUCAUGUUAAAUGGGAAAAUGUAUUCUUGUUGAAUAUUGGUGCUCAUAUCUUUUGA